AUGAUAUACUACCUAUCGCCAUCAGCCGAGGUACAUAAAAUUCAGUUGCAACCUAGCCUGCCCAAGCCAUUCACACCAGCCAAACGACCCCAUGAAACUAGGAGGAUUAGCUUCGAUGACACCAAUCUAAAUGGAGUAACUCUCCCCCACGCCGAUCCACUCAUUGUUGAGCUACGCGUGAAUGAGUUCACUGUUGAGCGUGUUCUCAUCAAUCAGGGAAGCACCUUGGAAAUAAUGCAUUACAAGACGUUUGUUAAACUCAACUUCACUGAUUCAGAUUUGUUGUCGGCUGAUUACCUAGGCUUCAAUGCCAACCCUGAGUAUCCCUUGGGUAAGAUCACACUACCAGUACGGGCGAGAACCAGAUCAGUAGAUAUAGAAUUUCUGGUCAUCAAACUCCCGUCACCACACAAUCUCAUCAUGGGAAGGACUUGGUUGCAUACCAUACAGGUUGUGCCGAGCACCUACCAUCAACUACUCCGCUUUCUAAUUGAGUAUGACAUUGAGCAUAUUCAGGGUUCUCAGAAACUGGCAUAG